ACGGCCCACCCAGCGCCGGGAAGGCUCGUCCCCGAGUAGGGGACGGGAACGGAUGGGUCCCGGGGACUUGGGGCGCAGGGUCUGGGGCCCGAGGCCACGGGCGCAGCGGGCAGCCGGCUAGGCAGCGGUCUCUGGGAUGGACGCCGUGCCCUACGUGGAGCCUUCCACCCCGACUUCACCCAUCUCUGCUGCCCGCAACUUAUAUGACAAGAACAUCUGGAACCGGACUAUUAUACCGAAAGGUCCUACCCAUGUCUUUUCGCCGCCAGCAAGGCCCGACUCCGGGCCGCGCGUCCCCGGCAACCGCGCCCGCCCACGCAGCUGCAGAGACCAGAGAAGGCCUGCUCGCCCGCGCUCGGCGCCACCCAGCCCGCGCUCCGGGCGAUACCACCUCGGGCGGCCCCUCUAAAGGCCGGGAGAUGGUGUCGUCCCCGGCCUCCGAUUGGUCUGCGGGGCGGGGGCGUGGCCUCUGGAGCCUGGUUCCGCGCGCCGGAGCGCGCUAGCCGCAUUGCGAGCCGAACCCGGGAGCGGGCGCCAUGGUGCUGUUGCACGUGCUAUUUGAGCAUGCGGUCGGCUACGCGCUGCUGGCACUGAAGGAAGUGGAGGAGAUCAGUCUGCUGCAGCCGCAGGUGGAGGAGUCCGUGCUCAACUUGGGCAAAUUCCACAACAUCGUUCGUCUGGUGGCCUUUUGUCCCUUUGCCUCGUCCCAGGUUGCCUUGGAAAAUGCCAACGCCGUGUCUGAAGGGGUUGUUCAUGAGGACCUCCGCCUGCUCUUGGAGACCCACCUGCCAUCCAAAAAGAAGAAAGUACUCUUGGGAGUUGGGGAUCCCAAGAUUGGUGCUGCAAUACAGGAGGAGUUAGGGUACAACUGCCAGACUGGAGGCGUCAUAGCUGAGAUCCUGAGAGGAGUUCGUCUGCACUUCCACAAUCUGGUGAAGGGUCUGACUGAUCUGUCAGCUUGUAAAGCACAGCUGGGGCUGGGACACAGCUAUUCCCGUGCCAAAGUUAAGUUUAAUGUGAACCGAGUGGACAAUAUGAUCAUCCAGUCCAUUAGCCUCCUGGACCAGCUGGAUAAGGACAUCAAUACCUUCUCUAUGCGUGUCAGGGAGUGGUAUGGGUAUCACUUUCCGGAGCUGGUGAAGAUCAUCAACGACAAUGCCACAUACUGCCGUCUUGCCCAGUUUAUUGGAAACCGAAGGGAACUGAAUGAGGAAAAGCUGGAGAAGCUGGAGGAGCUGACAAUGGAUGGGGCCAAGGCUAAGGCUAUUCUGGAUGCCUCACGGUCCUCCAUGGGCAUGGACAUAUCUGCCAUUGACUUGAUAAACAUCGAGAGCUUCUCCAGUCGUGUGGUGUCUUUAUCUGAGUACCGCCAGAGCCUACACACUUACCUGCGCUCCAAGAUGAGCCAAGUAGCCCCCAGCCUGUCAGCCCUAAUUGGGGAAGCGGUAGGUGCACGUCUCAUCGCACAUGCUGGCAGCCUCACCAACCUGGCCAAGUAUCCAGCAUCCACAGUGCAGAUCCUUGGGGCUGAAAAGGCCCUGUUCAGGUACCAAGCCCUGAAGACAAGGGGUAACACACCAAAAUACGGACUCAUUUUCCACUCCACCUUCAUUGGCCGAGCAGCUGCCAAGAACAAAGGCCGCAUCUCCCGAUACCUGGCAAACAAAUGCAGUAUUGCCUCACGAAUCGAUUGCUUCUCUGAGGUGCCCACGAGUGUAUUUGGGGAGAAGCUUCGAGAACAAGUUGAAGAGCGACUGUCCUUCUAUGAGACUGGAGAGAUACCACGAAAGAAUCUGGAUGUCAUGAAGGAAGCAAUGGUUCAGGCAGAGGAAGCGGCUGCUGAGAUUACUAGGAAGCUGGAGAAACAGGAGAAGAAACGCUUAAAGAAGGAAAAGAAACGGCUGGCUGCACUUGCCCUCGCAUCUUCAGAAAACAGCAGUAGUACUCCAGAGGAGUGUGAGGAGACGAGUGAAAAACCCAAAAAGAAGAAAAAGCAAAAGCCCCAGGAGGUUCCUCAGGAGAAUGGAAUGGAAGACCCAUCUAUCCCUUUCUCCAAACCCAAGAAAAAGAAAUCUUUUUCCAAGGAGGAGUUGAUGAGUAGUGAUCUUGAAGAGACCGCUGGCAGCACCAGUCUUCCCAAGAGGAAGAAGUCUUCACCCAAGGAGGAAACAGUUAAUGACCCCGAAGAGGCAGGCCACAGAAGUGGCUCCAAGAAAAAGAGGAAAUUCUCCAAAGAGGAGCCAGUCAGCAGUGGGCCUGAAGAGGCAGCUGGCAAGAGCAGCUCCAAGAAGAAGAAAAAGUUCCAUAAAGCAUCCCAGGAAGAUUAGAAUGCAAAUGGACAUUCUCUGGGAGGUGGGACACACCAUAGCCCAAGGUGACAUCUUCCACCCUGUGCCCUGUUCCCCAAUAAAAACAAAUUCACAAAA